CGGUAUUACAACGCAGUGGUUUGGAAGGAUUUAGAGCGGUUGAGUGGUUUUGAUUUGCAGCGUUUAAAUUUGCAAGCCCAUCACCGUUGCUUCGAGUUCUCUCAAAAUAUAAGCUCGGAGUAGCGUUUUAACCAUUGCGAGUCCAAAUUAGGAUUGACAUCUGAAAAUAUGAGGCUACCCAUUUGUAGUAUUGAUAUUCACAGUGUUUUACUCACUUUUGCACUAUUGAGCGUAAAGUUUACAAACGGCGCCAAUGUUCGCCUAAUAAACGGAAAGCACAGCUACGAGGGACGAAUCGAAGUACUUUACAAUGGCACAUGGAAAGCAGUUUGUGAUCACGGAUGGAACAGGAAGUCUGCCCGAGUGAUUUGUCGUCAACUGGGAUUUCCUGAUGUUUUGCGCUUUACUAAAGGGUGAGUCAGGGAUCGUUCUCAUAAUAUUGUUUAUGCGGCAAUAUACUGUUUGAAUUUAUAGCUGGAUUUCCUUUCGUAUAUAACUUUAGUAAAUUACCAAGCUUUGCACAGAAAUCUAGGGAAGAAGGUGUCAAUAGCUGUUGCAUAAUCUUUAUUGCACAAAGACGUAAGCGUGUCCCAGAUCUACAGAUAUCUUGCAGCAAAAUAUGUUAUAUAAGGCAAUACCCUUCCUUUAAAUUUAUGACAUAAGUUUUGUUCUGUUAAUCUUGAAACGGGCGGAUUUCUUCUUUUCUCUGUAGAAAGUCACAACGUUACAUUGUCUAAUUGAUAAUCAAAUAUUUUAUCUCCUCCGCUAUCCUCUUGUGGCACAAUAAAAUUGCGAGUCAGGUGGAGAAACGCAGAGCUAUUGUAGAAAUAAGCCGUAAGGACCGUAAAAUCACUAAAACAACGCUGAUAAUUCAAAUUUAUUCACCUUCGAGCUUCCGUGAUAGUGUGAGGGGGAUAAUACUCAAGUCAAUAUCACUAUCACUACAUUUUCAUCACUCAACGCAUGUGGUAUUAAUUGCGGGAAUUACAAAAUUUUUUCGUGCAUCAUGAUUUAAACUCAAAACAAACUCUAAUUAAUCGAAAUUAAGCUAUUUUGAGAGGAAAAGAAAAGAAGGAAUUUUUCUCGGAACAAAAAAGACCGACAAUUAAAUGUCAAUUUUUUAAAGUAAAGUACAUCCCUGAGGCUAAAUUGUAUCCAGAGACUACAACCUUUAUAUUGACGCCAAGACUCCCUAAUUCAAUAUCUUUGAAAUGUCCUUAGAGUCUUUAGAUUAUUCUAGAUCGAUAUGCUCAAAUAAAAAACAGUUGAAGGGGAAACCCCAAACACGCUGUGUUUGAGUGACUGUUGGAAGGAGACCACGCCUACUCCUCAGGAGCUGUAGUUCAAGCUUGUGGGAUUUCCCCUCCCCUCUGUGUAUUCCGCAGAGGCCCUCUUGUGCCACAAGAGAGCUGGGGAGAGCUAGGAGAGGGAAAAAUGCACCUCUUAUCCAAUCACCACCCCCUCCCCCAUCUGGGCUCUGUAGCCUCUAUUCUACAGCCGUUUAAUACCGUCAGCAACGGGACAUGUCAUAGGGUCCGUAUUUUCCGGGGCACCCAACGUCAAUUUUCAGAAAUAUAUGUUCGGAAGACGAUUUGAGAUCUAGAAUUUUCGGAGCAUUUGUUGUAAAAUUUCUUGCUUGCCUGCCUCUCCCAGGAUUUUCGAACAUCCAAAAAAUGGUAAAUUACCUAUUUUUAACGGAUUUUUACCCUAGAAAGGUCACCUAGAAUUUUUGGGAGCCUUUUUUCUUGCUGAAAAGUUUUGAUCCCUAUAAUUUUCGGACCACUAGACGUUCAGCUAGGAAAUCCGAACAGAUGAAAAAUUUUUUAGGGGAUAAAAAUAUGCCUAUAUCUACCGUUUAAAUACUAAAAUACGUUCAACAAUGCUAUGUUUAAGUGGUUUUGAACUAUAUUGUCAUUGGGUGUUCCAGGUAUUUUUAGAUAGCCUCAACUAGUUUUGUUUAAGGUUAUAGCUACGAGGGCUAGUUUUGACGUGGGAUAAAGCGCUUACAGACCGACUCACCAAAUAGAGGGGGAAACGAAAACGUGUAUUAAAGUGGAUGUACUUAUUCUUAACAAGACGCCAUGCCUUUGGACGAGGAAUUACAGGAAAAUUUUGGCUUGAUGACGUGAAGUGUACUGGAGAAGAGAACUCCAUUGACGAGUGCCGCCACAGACCAUGGGGCCGAAACAAUUGUCUUUCACACAACCAGGCUGGAACAGUCUGUAAAAAGCACUUGAAUGACAUGAUUAUUGAACCUGUACCCUCAAAAGCCAGUGGAGAGGUAUCAUUUUGUGUCCAUCGCAAUUAUUUUUAAUCUUUACGUUAAGUCAGAAUGUUAAAACAAAGAUAACGAAACUCACUUGGCAGCCGGGGUAAAGGGGGUACUCCCUUAUGUAGGCUGGAUAGGUUUGUGCGGCACCAAAGGGUAUGGUUUUUUAGCCGUUUUGGUCUGAAAUUGGGUAUCAAUUUUGACCAUUUUGGUCUGAAAUAGGGUCUUGUUUGUGCACUCUAAUCUUGAAUUGGGGAUGUUUUUUAGAAGAAGCUACUUCUUCAUCAUUAGGCGAUAAGACUAUUUCCCUUAGAAUGUUUACGCCAAUUGUGUACGUACCGGUCAGGUCUGAAAUAGGGUGGGGAAAGUCACAGAUUUUGAUCUGAAAUAGGGUAAGGGUUUCUGGAAACGUGCGGCAAACUCCCACCCAAUUUUUCUGGAAAAAUGCGUUCUCAUCUAUGACCUAAAGAUAGUGAGUCCUCUCAAUUAGUACGUUAAUGGUAAAUACAUUGGCACUUAAAUAAAGUGUAUUUUUUCCCCAACCAGACAGUGAACCUUAACGUAAAGUUACAGGGCCCUGUGGUAGAUGACUACAUCUCUGAAGGUGUCGUACAGGUGGAACACGAGGGGAAAUGGGGUUACAUCUGUCCUUCUAGCUGGACAUUUCUCAAUUCGUACGUGUUGUGUGGCCAACUUGGAUUCCCAAACGCCGCGAAACUGGAGUUUUACUCGGAGACAGUACAGGAGGUGAAACCCGACUAUUGGCUGAGCCAGGUCACGUGUAAAGGUUUGGAGUCCUCCAUUUUGUCAUGCGACCAUGCAGGGUUGGGCCGUCAUGAAUGUGAGAAUGGCAAGGUGGUGAAAAUCAAAUGUUCUCGGCGAAAUAUCACGAAGGUGACGUAUUAGUCUCUCACGCAGCCGUUCUUGGCGCUUCGUCACGGGUUCCUGCCCGUAACGCUUGACGCAGCCCUAAGGAACGUGUGCCUUUUUAGUAAUGUAGGGGUUGUUUUUCUGGAGAGAGGACAUCUCCUAGUUUAUAUUGUUCAAAAAUCCAACAAAGGGCAAAAAAAAAUUGACAAAUUAGUGAAGAGGGCAAGAUCCUGGGUAGACCUACCUGUAUCAGUAAAAUCUUGAAUGGUAAGUAAAAAAAAAGUCUGCGGUCGCAGGCUUGUGAAAAAGGCCUGCGUACCGACGUCACCCAAGACGUCGUCUGCACGCAGGCUAGUACAAAAACAAUAAACGGAUCCUUUCCGCCAUGUUUCGUUGUGCAAAUACACUUAAAAAUACCGUUUGUUUGCUUGCAUAUUUGCUUAUAUAUUUUUCUUACAGUCUUUCUACCGUAAGAAUUCCUAAGUCAACAUCUAACGUAGAGAACGCCGUAUUUUCGAACUUUAUGCAUGCGUGUAACGAUUUCCCUUUCUGAAAGCGAAGUUGGUUUCAAAAUAGCUUGCAUGACAGGGCGUAUUUUUCGAGCGAGCGGCAGCUCGGCAAUAGGCCAUUUCGGUGUCGCCUCAAGCCUCUUCUUUAAAGCGAGGUUAAGUACGAAACCAUUGUAUGAAAAUGAUUUUUCAUUCUUAUGCUAAUGAAAGUUGAGAAAGGUUUUGCGCUUAGCCUCGUUUUGAAAGUGUGAUUUUUGAACUCGGAAAUGGCCUACUAGUGUCGUCAUCGUCUUUGAUUUUGAAGGCUCAGGGGGACUGGGAAAGAGGAAAGUGCUUGGAUCUGAGGCUUUGGAGAAUAAAACAAAAGAAGUCAUCUUGAGGCUAGGCAAUGAAUAAUAAAUAUAUCUCUUGUGUUUUAUUUCCCCAAGUCUCGCAGCCAAGCAUGAAUUUUAAAAUAUCGAAAUUUGUCUAAAGGAUGGGAUAAAGUGGAAGGGGGAGCAGAGGGGGGUAGGGGCGGAAAACCACCGAUAAUAAUUCCUCCCUUUUUUUGUUCUCUAGCCUUUGAGCAUACGGCUGCGAAGUGGGGCCUUGGUAUCUGAGGGCCGAGUAGAGGUGAAAUAUCACGGCUUCUGGGGUACCAUCUGCGAUGAUAACUGGACAAUGCGUGAAGCAAAUGUUGUCUGCAGGUCACUCGGUUAUGGUACAGCGGCAAUGGCAACCACGAAUGCGUAUUACGGAAGAGGCAUGGGAAGGGUAAUGUUAUUCUUUGUGCUCUGCUUUACUUUAUCUGUUACUAUGUCAUGGUGAUUGUUUGUUACUUUAGUUUAAGCGUGGCCUCGAUUUUCUAUGGCUGGAUAGUGCUAUCCACCGUGGUUAAGGAUAAAGGAAUCGUGCUAUAUCCUCUGGAUAGAGCUUUUUCGUCUGGAGUGCUUCUAGUGUUAGGGAUGGUAGGACGAUUUGGAUGAUACCAUGGAAGGUCGCAGCCAGGUGGAAUUCCUCCGGAGGUCGGACACCAAGUCACGCCUACACAAUUUAGCAUCAGCUUGCAGCCAGCCUGAGAUUUUCUAAUAAGGGCAGGAGCGAAUAGCUCCUGAUUAGGGUUUAAAAACAAAAUGAAUGAUGUUUCAUAUGGAAUUGGGUAGGCGCUGCAAGGUAUCCAACCUCCUUCAGGGGAUUCUUGUCUUCGCGUGACGUAUAUAAAACGGCUUAUAUGUGUCACCCAAGUCUCCCGACUGUAUCCAGACGGUACCAGAGUUACCGCUCAAACGGCGAACUGUGUUCAGCAACACAAUUUGAGUCGGACUGCGUGAUUUAAGACCAUUCGCACGGUUAUAUGGAAACCAGACAUCAGCGUCUGACUUAUACAGCUAUAAGUUGUAACCUAGAGAGAAAAAUUAACAUCUUCGACUGCUUUUAUCGCCUGCCUUGACAAACGUCCUUAAAGAAUCUCCGAACUGAAAGGCGAGGUGAAGAGUGGCAGAAUACAGACCGAUUCUUCUUUUUGGUGACGUAUUGAUCUACUUCUUCCAAUAUCCUAAGUUCAACGAAAAGCAUGAUUUCAUUAACGUCCUACAAAUGACCUUCAGUUCUAAGCUUGAAUUUGAAUUUGAACUACAAAAGUCUGCCCUUCACCAUUUUUAAACCUUUGGUUGUAGGCCCUCCUUUCACAUGACAUUUCUUUCAUGCGUCAGCAACUUCCGCAAAAUUUGCAUGAAAAAGACCGUUUUUUACCUUAGUUUUUACCUAGUCUCCCUCGCAGCCGUUUUUUCUGGGAUGUCACGCAACGUUCCCCUUAAACGUCGCGUGACAUCCCAAAAAAACGGCUGAGAGGGAAACUAGUUUUUACCAGCCAAUGAUAGGAAAUAAGCCAGAGGCUAGUGACCCUUAAUGCUAACCGAAAUGAUCGCAGCAUUUGCGUUCACUUCGUUCUCCCGUAUUAUGAGGCCUGUGGAUUUUCAUCUUUUCCCAUCUUUUCUUUUCCUUUUAUUACUUUAUUCGUUAAAGGUCCUUCUUGACCAAGUUCACUGCAAGGGAUCGGAGAAGAGCAUCCGACAGUGUAAGCACCUGGGAUGGCAGAAAUCAGAUUGUAAUAACCAUGAAGAUGCUGGUGUCAGGUGUAAUGUACCCCAGCUUCAGGGCCAUCAGGUAAUCUUUUUGUCUCACAGGUGGCUCUCACAUCCGAUUAGAUAGUAAGACUUUUUUCAGUGUUCACAUAAGUUAUGCAAUCAGCCGAUACAAGAUCUGAAACAGAGUGGUCUUCAGAAGUCUAUCAGAUCUGUAAUAGCGGGGCUCUAGCGCGCAAAGCGCACGCAGCGGAGCACCGUGGAUAAUAAAAUUUGGUUAUCUAUGUCACCAAGAAAUUUGGUUGUGACAAAAUCGUCCGUCCUUACGUACGUCCUUCCGUACGUCCAUCUAAGACGUCCAAGCUUUAAUCUGUGUUAAACUUGAUAUUACGAAUCCAUGUUAUGGUCAUUUGACAGCUGUCAAAAAAAGGGCAUCCGCUGACCAGUGUGACAUGACUGUAUCGCGGGCUCAGGUUUACAACUCAUUGAACUUACCACUUGUUGAUUUUCAAUUAGUCGCAGGCUCAGGUCUAUUUUUUCAGAAGGAAUCCAGUUAACUUGCUAUGGAAAAAGUUAAACCACUGCAGAAAGACAUUUCUUUAAAGAUCCCACGAGAGCUUAGAACUGAAAAGUAUAGGCGCUAUAUAAAUAUUUUAUUAUUAUUUUAUUAUUAUUAUGAGAGCUUCGUUUUUGGCUUUGGCUAAAUCUAUAUAUCAAUGUGUAUCUCGGUAGGCGAUGGAAUCUUCCAGUGUUGGUCACUCUUUGGGCAUAAAAGGCACUUUUAGAUACUCUAAAGUGCCUAGCCUACAAAUUCUUGUUUGGUGUUGCAGAUUCGAAUCCAAGGAGGAGAAAAUCCUAGAGAAGGACGAGUUGAAGUUUUGCAUAAUGGGCGGUGGGGAACAGUCUGCGGUGACGAUUGGGGAAUAGAGGAAGCCAUGACAGUUUGCCGACAGCUAAACCUCGGAUACGCCGGCAAAGCUGUUACCCAUAAAAAUUUCAGCGAAACAGAUCUUAAAAUCAUCAUGUCUGGAGUUAAAUGUCGCGUUGAUGAGACCUCACUUUAUUACUGUCAGCAUGACGAGUGGAAAAACACUACGUGUAGCAGCGACGAUAAGGUUGCGGGAGUUAUUUGUGUUAGCGGUAAGUUGUUUUACGCCUUCGCAAAACUUGGGACAAAAUUCGGCAAAUGCUUGACAUGCUUGCUCUUUCUACACCCGUUAGGGACUAAAAGAUCCAAAGACGCGAUGGCAACGAAAACUCUCCCUAUCCACUCACUUUUUCAAGUGUAGGCAAACCUCCUGGAGUUGAAUUCCUAGGGACAAUAUCCAAGUUCACAAAGAGAAAUAAAAUUUCAUCUUCGCUUGUUUGCGGCCUCCAUAGAUCGUAAAAAUUAGGCAUAGUCGUGCAAAAAAGUGUGAUGCACGCGCUAAGUUUUUGUUUUUCGCACUAAACCUAUUGCUUUUUUUUAAGUUCUCGUUGCUUUCGCGUCUUCGGAUCUUAGGUGGGAGACCCGAGGUGGGUGAAGUAACUUGCUUAGUUGGGGUAACCCGCCGGUCCAUAUAAUCUCUCAAAUGGUCACCCCACAUAUCAUGUAAACGUGAUCAAAUUAAAAAGAGAGAUUAUAUGGACAAGCGGGUUACCCCACCUAACCGGGCUACCUUACCUACCUGGGGUCCACAUAAACGGGCCCUGAAAGUCUCUAAUAUCCAUGUGUUAGGCGGUUUGACAAUAAUAAUGCGUUUGUAAUAAACAUUUCAAUAAGAGUCAGUAGCCCUUGCUUACGAAACAGAAGUAUUUCUUUAUAUUGCUGAGUGGACGGCCAAUGCCAAAAAAUCUACAUUGAGCAUCACCUAACCAGCUCCUUGAUAGGCUGAGGUAGGAUAGAGUUGCAUACCCACACGUUAGUGGGUCUAGCCUGUAAAGCAAGCUCUCUGAGGAGCUCUGGGAGCUUUCCUCCCGUUCCCCGCCCGAGAGCCCCCAGAGAGCUUGCUCACAGGCUACAGUGGGACGGUCAAGUUUUCUGAAGCGCCUGCACCUCCGUUCACUGUUUUAUUUUUUCUAAAACCUAUUUCAGUAUGCACCGCAAGGCACACGGCUUACAUUAAAGCUUUUUUUCCGGUAAAUAAUUUUUUCAGGUAAAUAAUUCCGAAAAUUUGUUACCGAAUUUUGACGAUGAUUUGUUCUCUGUUAAACGUGUUGUUAUGGUCACAUGUUUGUAUAAGGAGGCAAAAAGAGAAAGCGGGGUACGUUGGUUUAGCACUAGGGUUGUAAAGGCCACUAAAGUGCCGUCGGGGAUAUUGCGAAAACUCUCAGUGAAAGUCUGUACUAAAGGCAGUCCAAUGGAAAUGACCUUUUUAGAGAUGUAUUUGAAAAAUGUCACAAAUUUUAUCUUUUGUUAUUUCAGCUUUACCUGAUCUUGUAAUAAACGUUGACGUUCUCAGAGGUUACAUGGAAAUGACUUCUAUACCCAUGCGGUACCUGCAGUGUGCCUACGAAGAGAAUUGUCUCUCUGCGAGCGCAGAGCGACAGCUGAGGUAAACACAGACAGGGAAAUGCAAAUUUCACCAAAGCUAUUUUUAGACCAAUUAAACUCUUGAAAUUAAUCGUAAGAUGGUUCCCUGAGAGGUCAGCAAACUGUUAUUUAGUGUUGUCAAGAAAGAAUAAUGGGACAUUUUGCUCUCUCGGUGUGUCUCCAUUACAAUAGUCUGUGCGGACGUCCCAGGAAUUAGACUUCCGUUCAAUUACAACCUCUAUAAAAAUAACUUUACUGAAAUUCACAUAUCCAGGCCAACGCCCUUAGACUCCCUCUCUGUCUCGUUAUUAUUUAUUGCUCUGUCAUAUCACUGCCACAGUGAAAUAAUGACAGAGUCUUGUGAGGUGUUUGUAACCUUUGAGUCUUUCAAGCAAAUCCUGGAAGAAAAUUAAGUUCGCAAAGCCUUUCUGGGACUGUUACUAGGCACAGGGACAAAAACUGGCCACAGCUGAACGGCUCGUCCCCAGUAACGAUUCCAGAAACAAUAUUGUGGAACGCAUUUCGGGUCCAGCUCCCUUCUUGUUUCUAAAGUGGCGAAUGGUAUUUAAACCACAGCCAUUCUGGUAACGCAUUGCACGACACGUGUUAUUGUACUUCACUUUGUACUGUGUCAAUGCAGCGUGUCAUACCAUCGAAGUAGACGCAUUGUAGUCAUGUAAAUUAAAGUAAAGGACGGUGUGUGUUUUCAUCGAAACUGAUGUUUGCCCUUUUCCAGACAUCCAGAUUAUUAUCAAAGGAGGCUACUGCGGUUUAGCGUUCAGGUUGAGAAUCGAGGGUUAGACCACUUCAAACCAUCUACAGAUAAGUCACUUUGGGAGUGGCACUCAUGCCACAAACACUACCAUUCCAUGGAGACUUUUUCGACUUAUGACCUUCUUCGUAAGUACAGAAUGGAAUCGCGUGACCUGUCAAAAAAUCCUGUCGGCUGAACGAAUUUUAUGGCUCUUUUGGGAAUCAAAUCCGCUGGAUCAAUUUGUUAGUAGUUUGGCGCGUCGUUAUUUAGUACAUUGAGGCUUUAUCAGCAUCAUCAUCAUUUAGUUUUUCCUCCUCCUUUUCCUAAUCAUCAUCAUAUCCGUUAUUUUAACACGAUAAAAUUAAAACACGAUGCUUGAGUGGUCGUGUAAGAUUAAUUACGAUAUAGAACUAUACUAAAAAAUAAGGAUAAAAUUAGUUACAAUAUAAAACGUCCAUAAAUCUCUUAAAUUAAUAUUUGAUAAGAAUUAGGAAAGAUACAAUAUGUAUAAGGUUUAAAAUGAAUAUGCAUUGAUCACCUAUAAGAAAUUGACUAACAGCAUUAAAAACAUAAUAAAAAAUUAGUUAAUAGCAUUUAAAAUCGCAGUAGUGCUUGGGUAACGAUUGGACUGACUGUGUAGUAAAAUCUAGUUCCUUAACAUAAAUGUCCUUCUUCACUUUGCGUUAAAAAUGCGUAAACUGGUCCGUAAAAUGAGUCAAAAUAGUAUUCCAUAAAAUUACGCCUCUAAAGCUUAUUGAGAUUUUUAAGAAAGUACGAGUUCGAACGAGGAACAGAUAAUGUUAUUGCUCAUUCUGAAGUUGUAAACCAUGCAAGGUUCAUUCGUCAAGUACGACUGCGGCAGUUGCUUCACCUUCAAAUACGCUAUAUGAAAUGGCUUAAUUAACCAGAGUUUACAAUAGCACGUUGGUGAAUCUUUAACUUAAAAAACGUUUACAGUUUUGUUUUUGGCCAGGGGACCUCACAAAGCCACCAAGCUUACGGGAGAGGCCAGGAAGGGAGUCAAGGAAAGUACUGGUCUUUGUCCCUCACUCCUCCCCUCCGUCACUUUCCGUCUUCCGUUUUCCUGAUUUUUCUUCCUAUCCCUCAUCAAAGAGCAUGUCCACAGUCUAAUCAUAGCUUCAGCAUUGUUAAUGCAUGGUCGUCGGAUUGAAGCCCAAAAGAGACAAUUAUUCUAGCGGCAUGAUUUUGUUGGCACAUUAGUUUAUUACUUGUUUAACAACAUUCAAUGAUAGUUGCGGCUUAUACAUCAUAAUUGAACACUUACUAAACACCUGAGUGUCAGCCUUAUGCUACUCUAGCUUAACAGAGAAAUUGACCGACCGAGACAGCUGGACAGACACAAAGACAGACUGACGAAAAAGACGGGCUGUGUGAUGGCAGACAUACAAAUUCGACUCUUUAGACAAGGGAAGGGAACUGGAGACGAAAAUUGUGGGAGUAAGAACAAGUAAUUGAAAAAACUGAACAAAAUGGACUGGACUUUCGUGACUCAGACGGCCUUACCAAACAAUCAUUUGUCUUGUAUAAGAAAUUAAAUUUCAGAAUUUUUAGCUGAUGGUAAGUGGUUUAUAUAUAUAUCUACCAAGACUAUCCCUUUAUCGUUGAGACAAAUUGAACACUUUUUAGGCGGUGCCAUGCCACAGAAUACUAUAGGACAUAAUGAAAUGGAUUUAAUUUUUUUUUUUUUUUUUUGCAUCAAUCUCAGGUCAAAGGGACGGGCGCAAAAUAGCCAAGGGUCACAAAGCCAGUUUCUGUCUAGAAGACACUAAAUGCGAUCCAGGAUUCGAGCGAGUCUGGAACUGCACUGACAAGGGAGAUCAAGGAGUAUCACCCGGAUGUUAUGACGUUUAUCACUAUAAUAUUGACUGUCAGUGGGUGGACUGUACGGACAUAUAUCAUGGUGCAUAUUAUCUCAGGGUACAUGUUAACCCCGGAAAUCAAGUGGCGGAGUCGGAUUUUAAGAACAAUGUUGCUAAAUGUUCUGUUUAUGAUUAUGGAAGCUACAUUAUUGCCAACAGGUGUUGGCUUGGUGAGUCUAACAAUGUUAAAGCGACACUUAUAUGUUACAGCCGUGCUACCAAUAUUUUUAACAACAACAAAAACAACAAUAACAACAAGCUUUAUUUGCAUGACUAAAACUUUACAGUUUUGCAAAAUCGUACAACAGACUAAGAUAACGGUUUAAAAACUACAUUGGUAACAAUUUAUCCCAAAGAUUUAAACAAUAUGAUAUAAGUUUAAUCAAUUCUUUGUAUAUAUAUAGCAGAUUUCAUAAAUUUCAUGAUCAAUUCGUUCACAGAUGGUUACUUAAUGUUUGGGAUCAGAGACUGUCCCUCUUAUUUUUGAGUAUUUGGAGCAGUAAAACAGAAAAUGAAUUUCGUCCUCAAUUUGAUCAGAUCGCCGAGCAGGGCAAAGUUAUCUACUCCAUUAAUUUUGUUGUUUCUGCCAAUCUCAUCUAAAUCGUGAGAUUGUAGUUGCUUAACCGUAAUUUGACCAAGGCUCUUUUCUCUGGUGUUUUUCAUGUGAUGGCAAGAUAUAAUAAUAAUAAUAAUAAUAAUAAUAAUAAUAAUAAUAAUAAUAAUAAUGAGAAAAUUUUAUUGACAACAAUGCUAACUAUUAAAAUCCUAUUUACAAUUAAUUCGCUUAAAAAAAAGGAAAAAACUAUUCAUUCAAAAACACUCUUUACAAUUCCUGUCGAUUUAAAAAGCACUUAAUUUAGCUUAAAAAAAGUUAAUUUAACUAAGAAAAAUUUUUUCGAAUUAAAAACAUUUCAUUUCAAUAAAAAAAAACUGUCAACCUCUAAAAUUCAAAAGUUUCUUUCAACUGCUAAAAACAAAAAAAAUAGUAAUAAUAAUAAUGAAAUAAAAAGAUAUAUAUGAAGUAAGUAAUAAUAAUUUUUAUUUUAAAUAAUUCUUUUGUUGAUAACAAAGCUAACAGGAACUAUAAAAUCCUAUUUACAAUUAUUUUUGCUUAAAAAAUAUUCAUUCAAAACACUAUUUACNUUUUCGGUUUCCCCCCCCCCCCCCCCCCCGGCCCCUCACCCCCAACAAAAAUUGCAUGAGCUUCCGAUAUCCAGGAGAAACUGGAAACAAUAACUUUGCAAAACUUUGGGGAAAAACAAGGUGUAUUGUGGGCGAUGUGAAAGUAAUCUCGUACCCAGAUCUCCCAUAGCCAACCGACAGAUUGAGGUCUUGAUACGGGAUCUGUACUGACUAUGACCGUUUUCAUAGACCACAUUUUCUUAUCUCUCAUACUCGUUUGGAAUGAAGCUCUUCAAUAUUCAUAUUGUAUUCAUAUUGACUUUUCGUUUGUUUGAUCGAGUGUUGUUAACUAUUUUAUCUGAUUCCAAGGCGCAGCGAUUUAAAGCAGUCCAACUCCGCGGUGCCAAUAGUCCACGUUCAAUUUAUCAAAAUUCUAAACUGAUUCCGAGGCCCUCUUUGUUAUUUCUACACUUGGUUUCGUUUUCUUUGUGCUCAAGUCUCUUCUGGGAGUUUCGAGACAAUGAAAUUCGUAAAGCCUCGGAGUCAUGUCAUAUAUCGGACAUGGGCUAUUACUUUCCAACUGCAACUAAAAACGUCUUUAAAGGUGUUACUGACCAAAAGGGGGUCUUACUAUUUUUCAGAGGAAUGCGAAAGUGGCCUGGACACGCAUGGAGGGAAUUCUGGCGGGAAUUGCUGUGUGUUUCCGUUCAAGUUCAGAGGCAAGCUGUAUCACGACUGUACCACAGACGGCUAUUCAAUUAAAUGGUGCUCUACAACAUACGACUUUAAAACAGACAAGAAAUGGGGACUUUGUUACUAGUACGCGCAGCAGUUGUCCCUUUCGUAAACGGUCGCUGCCAUUUUUGCGGAACUCAGCAAAUUUUUGACCUGUUAUUGAGAGUGUUUCUACCAAAAUGAAAGAAAAUCGAAAGCAAUGGUCAAACCAGGACUUCAAACCUGCAUCUUACCAAUGGUUGCAUCGAUAGUUAACAAUGACAACGAUCGUUUAUUGAAGGGAAAUAGCCGUUGGCGCUCGCAUGAUUGACAAUACUCCAGUUGAGCUGUGUCUAGGCUCCCUUGUACUUUUAUAAGCCGCCACUGAUACCUUGCUAGGUUAUCUUAGGAAAGCAAAUAUUCAAGUUGAAGAGGUCCGGCCGGGAACCAGCUUUUUUGUUGUUCCUUCCGCGUGGGAAAUUGAUUUCGAUUGGAUCGCUUGAUAUUCAUGCCAUCAUUUUAUUAGCAUAAGCAUGUAGAACGGUGAAAAAAGAUCUUUAUACUAUUAUAUCAGCUGUAUAACAAUAUUUAUUUCAUUACAAUUAUUAUUUCACACUUUUGAAAUUAUUUUAUCCUUAAACCUCAAGACACGUUCGCUGGUACUACUGGUCAAGUUUUAACUGACCAACCUUCGUUUGGUAAUAAAUAUCGCCAAAAAUGCAUUUCAGUGUAUAUUAUAAUUGUAUCAUAACCGUAUGUCGUAUUUAAUCAUACUUUAACCCACUGGAAUGGCUCGUACACAGUUGUGACCAACUUUUGCGUCUUGACACCCUUACUGCAUCGGACUCAUCCUUAGUCGUCUCCUUGUCUCCUAUUAAUAGCGCGGUCAAUGGAAGCGCCUGGGAUGAUGGGAAGGUGGAAAGAGAGGAUACUUUUUCAUUUCACCUUCCCAUCGUUCUAUUCGCACAGGAAGUAGUAUUAGUCUCCCGCGACCGUUCCUUGACCACUUGCAAAUAAUAAGAGACGACUGGGGAAGAGUCAGUUACGGUAUUCGCCACUUGCUCCCCAAAACUGGGAAACUGCCCACCUACACCUCCCCUAAGCCAACAUUUUGCCCUAAGUGAGAAAUAAGUGUUAAUGUUGGCUUAGGAGGCUUAGAUCUACAUUUUGCAUAAGCCUUGUUUUAAAUUCUCUAGGGACGGCUGUAAUACCCAGGAGAAAUAAAAACAAAGGUUAUGCAAAAUUUUGGGGGACAAAGAAGGUGUAUUAUGGGAGAUGUACAAUGGCGAAUAGCGUUACUUUCAGCUCUCUCUUAUCUAAUAGUAGAUGUCCAUCUUCUGGAGACAGAUGCUCCCCUUAUAAACAGACAAGAAGGAUAAAUGAAACGAAAGGUGUCCAUUAAGAUAAAGUUGAUUGCAAACAAAAAUGGAAAGCACUGGUGGCAGAGACGGAACCCUUUGGGACUGUCGCACUAAAUGUCCGUUUAACAGAGAUGUGUACUGAAGUUAUGAAUAUAUGAAAAUCAUAUAUGUGAACUGCGGACUGAAGAAUUAAAUGAAGGAAGAUCAUCGCAGUUAUAUACGCAACAUUUAGAGAUGCCUAAUAUGGAGAAUUUCAAGGAACAUGACUUUAGAACGGCGGAGCCCGGCACUAGCUGUCUGUUUUAGAAAAGUGUCCGUCUUAUAGAUUUGUCCUUACUAAGAUAGAGACUGCCAUGUUUACAAUCAAACCAAUAAACUGGGUAAAAACUGCUUCCGAGGACCACACAGAAAAGAAGAAACACAAGUUAAGUGAGGUUAGCCGAUUGUCCCCUCGUUCGUAGGUUACAGAAAAAAUAGUUUUAUAAUUUUUCCCAACACAAAUCCUUAUUUUUUUCAAAGUUUCUUAACAAUACUGAUGUUCCUAUUUCGACUGCUUGGGUAGACUUUCGAAAAAAGCCUCCGCCCUUCGUGAGGACGACUUGUGGCAAGUCUAAUAUUUGAAAGUUUUGGUUGAAUGGAAAGCGCUCUUAGCGGGUCAUAAUUCACAUUCAUGCAAUAUUGAUUAUCCGUGCAAUGACGUUAUAUAAACCUGAAUAAUAUAUGCAAAGUACGUAUAUGCAAAAAGAGUCUCGUUAAAAGCGGGUCAACAACAUUGUGCUCCGGCACGGCCAGUGCUGCCGUUACGUCGACUGAGUUGCAGCAUGCGGUGCUUCGUUCUUUUGCAAUCGCAACCAGUGCAAGAUGUUGGCAAUGAAGCUCAGUCAGGUGCUUCUGGGAGUGCUGCUCUCUUGGAACACACAAUUUUGUUACACCACGUGCUAGGCCUUCGAACUCCACGUCUACGCCAAGGAGAGGUGACGUAUUCCUUUUCCUUCGGAAAUUUUAUGCGCUAGUUGUAGAAUAGAAGGUUCUGUUUUUCCUGUUUGCGGGGCUUAUCUUUUACCUAUUACAGGGUAAGUUGUUAUUAAUUUUUCCUUUUUGGCUGGUCGACAUCCCCGAACAGCGCCGGGCUGGCAAUCAAGCCUACGUUCCGGAGUUUCGCCCGUGUUUGUUGGGACUUGUGGGAAUUUAUUACCGCCCUCGUGGCGCGGUUUGCUUUAUUUUUUCAUUUUCCCACUUUUUUUACUCGCGUUCAAGAAUCGUUUGAAAUUUUUUUGGCCGGGGAUAAUAGUUUGGCGAACCAACCGUGAUUUAUCCAGGUGAUGUACUGAUAGUAGUUUAAGGAUUUUUUGUAAGCGAAACUGAGCUUUGUUCAGUCUUCAUGGGGCUUUGUUAAGGGAAUAAUCCUUCUAAGCGAAGCGAGAUGAAAUUUCAGGAUCCGAUCCAAACGUGUUUGUAGCAGUGGAGAUUCAUAAUCUCAUUCUCUUGUUUCUGAGAUAAUUGUUAAGUUAGUGUUAUGGGACUCACGGACCAGUUUAGCUUUGGGGGAGAUUGAUUUAGGAUUGGGGAUAUUCACGGUUGGAUGUUUUUGUGUGCAGAUAAGUAAAAACUGGACCUAGUACAAGAUGGUUCGGACUUGCAGGGCUCUUGGCAAGCGAGACAGGAAUCACUUGUCUCAUAACUUAAUGGUACUAAUUAGUCAGAGCAAGGGAUACUGAUACACAAUUAACAUUCGUCAUAGUAGAGGAGGGUGGUUAUGAAAACCGGCAAACAUCAAAGAUAGAAAAACAUAUAAAAACAUCAGCUUUGCAGUCUAUGUUAUAAGCACCCUGACGGUGCACAAUCCCUUGUUUUUUGCUCACAAAUUGUGACGGAAUACUGAAUUAAUAGACCUAUUCGGCUAGCUCAAUGUUGUACCCAAUUCAAACCCUUUGGGGAUAAAACUUUUUGUUUCAGGAAUUUCCAUACAUUUAAAUGAGAAUGCCACAUUAUAAUGCAAAUACGAUACACAAAGAAUCUUAACCCCGGGAGAUUUGAAUUGGGUACAAGAUUGAGUUAGCCGAAUAGGUCUAUCACGGCGACGUUUUCAUUGGUUAGUAUACGGUGGCCCAUAAGGGACAACACUUUUAACAAUAAUUUUCACGAAAAGCGCUAAAAAUUGAAUUACACACUGAAAUGAAAAGAAAUCCCUGCACCCAGCAAGCACUACAAAGGCCCUGUUUACAUGGAGUGGGGGACCCCGGUCUAGUGGAGUAAGUUUCUUUUGUUUUUUGUCCCCCAGAGCGUGAAAACAAAAGAAACUUACCACACUAGACCGGGGUCCCCUACUCCAUGUAAACAGGCCCUAAACCUAUACACUUCACUCUACAAUACACUCGCAAUGUAAACAAUAUAUAUCUCCACAUUGAAAAUAAAAUAAAUUAUCGAACUGCAAACAAAUUAUAUCCACACGCAUCGAUUUCCGCAUUGCAAUUAAAAUAUAUUUUUUACCCACUCCUAACUAGCCUGCGAACCGCAAAGACGCUUCUCUCUUAUUUUUCGGAGGGAGAGAAGCGACGACGGGAAAUACGUCUGCGGUUCGCAGGGUAACUCCUAACAAACAAACAGUAAAUAAAUUUACACCCUGCAAACAAAAUAUAGAGUUCUGUAGCACAGGUAGCCGCAAGGUACUGGGGCGAAUCUUUGGGUUAUUGCAGUGGGUGGCGCCAAAAUUUAACAACAUUGAUCUAGUGAGAACGUUUGAAACGAUACUUGAACUGGAGAAGAAAUGAAUUAUGAACUAUGUGCCAUGUUAUUUGCGAUGAGAAACGUUUGCAAUAAGGUAGUGUGAAAGUUUGCCAUUCUGUCAGAAGCAGGGAACGUAUUGGUCUUUGGGGGAUUGGGAGAAAAACUUAUGCAAAUCGGUUAGCCGUUAAACCCCCCCCCCCCCCCCCCCCCCCCCCCCCCCCCCCCCCCCCCCCCCCCCGGGGUGCCCCCCCCCCCCCCCCCCCCCGCCGUCUUCCACCCCCCGACCCCCUGAAGAACAACGGGCGCGCACACGCCACCCCCCCCAAGGGGCACCACCACUGCGUGCCACGGCCACGAACUACAUUAGUUAAGUGACAACGUUUGAAACAAAUAUUGAAAGGGAAAAGAAAUAAAUUUUGGACUUUUUGCCAUGUUAUUUGUGAUGAGAAACGUUUGGAAAAAGGUAGUGUGAAAGUUUGCCAUUCUUUCAAAAGCAGGGAACGUAUUUGUCUUUGGGGGAUUGGGAGAAAAACUUUUGCAAAUCGGUUAGCCCUUAAACCCCCCCCCCCGGCCCCCCCUGCGCCACCCCGCUCCCGUUCCCGCCGCGUGUUUCCCCCCCCCCCUUCCUCCGAGGCUUUUAUGCCCGACACGCAAGUUAGAAAAAAUGCGCUUAAGCCAACCCUGCACAAAAGUGGGUUAACCUGCGUAGCAGUCACAGGACCGGACUAUCUAAAUAAGGAAAAAUAAGUAUCAGUCGGCUCCUGUGAGUAUUCAUUCAUUCAUUCAUUCAUUCAUUCAUUCAUUCAUUCAUUCAUUUAUUUUGCCAUCAAACAUUAAAACACAUUUCUAAUUUACAAUACACAAAUAAUUUAUAAGAUAUUAUAGAGGAUAGACACUAUUCUAUUUUGCAAAUCAUCAAAAAAAAGAAUGGUGAUGGCAAGGAACUGAAGGAAGCCUAUCUAGAAGCCAGGGGCUUAUGAACUAUGGUUUCCCGAGAAUAUAGGGCACACCAUGAAUUAAAGGCACUGAAUGAAAAAUGGAUAAAUAGACAAAUAAGUAAAGAGAGUCCUAAGUGAAGUAAAUGAAUAAAUAGAUAAAUAAAUAAGUAAAUAAAUGAAUAAAAAGGGAAACGAACGCACGUCUUCCUCCCACGCGCGUGCCUUAUAUUUCCUCCUAGCUUGCUGCGCCGGUCAAACAUAAUUUCAAUUACCUUUUUUCCAAGAAUAAGCGCUAGGAUGCUUAUUCAAAUUUCGGCUAAAAGGAAGACGCUUAAUUGGGGUGGGGGGGGGGGCUUAUUAUUAAGUUUUCAUAUCAGCAAAUUGUAACUUUAUUUUGGCUAAAUCUAGAAACAAACGCUUAACCCAUAUUCAUGUCUUUAAAACAGUCAGUCGGUGGUUUUCAAGUGUACUAUAGUCCCAUUACACACUUCACACUUUACACACAUUUAUUAUUUGUCUACCAUAGUACCCAAGCUCUGAGUGCCUGCUGAACGGGAAGAUUUUCUUAUUAUGACCGUGCAUUAUGAAAAGUUUGGUUUUGUAACAUUAAAGUGGUUUAAGAAGUUCUUUUCUUGUCUUUCUACUUUCUUUUUUUCCUUUUCUUAUUAUUUCAGUUUUGUUUUGGUUCUUUAUAUGUUGCAUAUUUAAUAUUUUUAUAUUUUCUUUUCCCUGUUGGUUUCUUUCCCUUUCCCUCCUACUUCUUGCCGUUCUCCCCAAGUGCUGCGCGAGGUUCUGCGAUUCACUUAUUUCUAGUUAUUAUCAUCAAGUAUCAAUUCUCUCAUCAAUAAAGUGAAAAUAGAAACGCCUUUUCCAGGCCUUUUUCUUUUAUCCCUACUACUCAUAAAAGUGAUGGGGGAGGGGAGGGGGACGCUUGUUUGAUAUUGCGGCCUACGCGGUUAGCGCUUAUCUGGGGGAGUGGGGUUAUUAUAUUAGAGCGUUGGCGCUUAUUCGCGGGAAUACGGUACGGUAUGUCCGGGAGCAAUGUACAAGUAGCUCUGUUCACGUUACUACUCGCGUUACUUAACAUGGGACAAAAGAGCCACUUAUUGCGUUACCGUCUGGAGACGAACAAACGCAGAUUCAUUCUAUGGUCAAACACUUGAGAUCGCGUGUGCUUCAAAGGUCAACAUUAUUAUGGGCAGCUAGGCUUGAACAAAAGCGGCCAUAGUUAAAAUGCGUCGCCUGCUCUUCGCUUUUCUGUUUUUAUUUUCCUUGCGUGUUACAAGGGGUUCAGAAGUGCGCCUGAUCGGGGGAAAACAUGUUUAUGAAGGAAGAGUUGAGAUAAAAUAUGACGGCGAAUGGAGAGCUAUUUGUGAUCAUAAAUGGGACAAGAAAGCUGCUGCAGUUGUUUGUAGAAUGCUUGGAUUUCCUGACGCGCUGCGCUUCACUAAAGGGUGAGUGUGUUAUAGCGUUUGGAGGUAAUACAAUUGUGUAAACACAAAUACUUAAUGAGGGAUUGAACCUUCCGGGGGACUCCUUCAUUUUGCCUAUACGGCUAUGUGCUGCUGAACAGGGUAUGGUCUUUAUUUUCAGGGUCUUGAGUCUAAAACACGGAAUACAAAUUAAUCAUUUCAUGUCAUACCGGAAGCCACUGAAAAAGUGUAAAGUUUCAUGAUGUUAGUUUAAAAGUUAUAUAAUUCUGUAUGGAAAGUAGAAUGAAUCAGGGAAAAAAAUAAAUAACUUGGUCUUAAACAGGGUCAGGGAUUGAAAACCUCGGCGGUACACCUCUUGUUAAACUUCCUUUGAGUUCCCCCCCCGCCCCCGGGAUUAAACUGAGGGCCUCUUCUCGGGGAAGGGAUAUCACUUGAUAUACGUUAUCCUACCUGGUAUGCUUCGCUGGGUGAAGGCCAUAAAGUUGAUUUUUUUUAGUCUGAGACGGGUUUGGCCGAAUUUUCCUGCACCCGCUUGAAGACUUAUGUGUUUCUGUUUACCCAAAUCAGUACUCUUAAUUUUCAGUUUGCAAAAAUAUAACAAAUGCUGGUGAAAUUUUAAAAAUACGUGCUGAAAUGAAGGCUUCCUUUUAACUUCCGGUUUGAGCAGGGGUACCAUUUGAGAUGGGGAAGAAAAAUUUGAAAGAGGGUGUUCCAAGAUCCCAACGGAAUACCCCCUAAAUUUAAAAAUUCCCCCUCCCCCUAGGAUUGAAUUAAAAGAUUCUUUGAUAUAAGACUAGUUAUUUGUUAAAAUUAAUGUGUUCUUAAUAGUAAUGGUGUUGCCGGGUUGAAACAGCCACGUCUUGAAAAUAGUUAUGUCCAAUAAUUACUUGACAUCUUCACAAUGAUUUCUGGAUACUGAAAGGGUACUGUAUUCAUGACCUCGAUUUUUUUUAAGUAGUCGUAAGAAAAUCAGACAAGAAAAUAUUCAAUUUCUGUCGAGUACAAACAAAAUUUUCAAACAGGAUCAUACCCAUAUAUCCUGAUAACUGCACAAUCUCUUAACCCGUUCAACGUUAAAUGACUGUCUAAGCCCGGAACUACUCUUUUCAGUAAGAAAGCCAAAAAAUUAUUCAAGGCAGCGGUUUUCAAGUGAGAAAGCCGAUAAAUUAUUCAGGUCAACGUGCUUUUUGUUAGCGAACAAUUCUUGUAAGGACCACUUGGACAAACAGCAGCGACAACCUCGUUCCAGCGAGAGAAAGCCGCCGGAUCUUUGUGUAGAUCAGGAUCAGCACUUAAAAUUGAAGGCAAGGCUGAUCAGACAGCUAAGGAUUGGCAAUUUAUUUGCUCAACAUUCCGUCUUGUCUAAACAAAACUAGUCUUCAUCAGAGGCUAGAGAAGCUAAGUGAUAAUAAUACAAAAAUAAAAAUAAAAUGUGGUGGGUGGGCAAAGACAAUAGACGGAAACUUACUUGUACAGAGAGGUUAAUAUAAAAAAAAUAAGUGGAUUAAGUUUAGACAUAAGUUUGAGGUAAUUCUGAUAUCUUCUGUAUCUUCAGAGAAGUUCCGUUUGGUCGAGGAAAUGGCAAAUUCUGGCUAGAUGAUGUCAGAUGCGGUGGUAGAGAAUACGACAUUCAAUACUGCUCUCAUAGAGACUGGGGCCGACAUAACUGUUUGUCAAUCAACCAGGCUGGAGUUGUUUGCAAACUUCAUCGGACUGACGUCAUUUUUGAACCACAGCCAUCAACAGCCAGCGGUGAGGUAUGCGUUUUUUAAACAACACUGUGAACGUGGAUUUCUUUAAAAGGUUGGGUAGAAAUUCUCUUACAAAUUACAAAUAAAAAGAGAAAAAAACUGAGGGCAAAAGCAAUGAAAAAAAGUGGGUGAAACAGCUGUCUUUUGCUGUCACUGCCCGGGCAAUAUGACUGAGCGCAUGCGUAAGUACUAGCUAGGCUGUGAGUUGUUGUUUCCCUUGCUUUUUCAAAGAAGUAGAAGUGCUUUAUUUUUCGGACAAAUAGAACUGUGCAUUUUUUGUUAUCAAGGGAGCGGAAUGAAUUGAAAACAACUGACCAGUGCUCCCAUUUUCCAAGUGCUAAUCGCUAAUAAGGUUCUAGGUCAUAAACGCAAUCUUUUAUCGAAAUGUCAUUUUUGUCGCCUUUUUGGUGAAAGAGAAUAAGACUAUCCCUCUUUCUGGAAAAAUGUAUUCUUUAAGCCUUAUACAUAUAUACGGUUAUAAACAACCAACACUGAUGCAAUGGUCUUACUGUUUAGUUGGUUGGUUAAUCUGCUUACUCUGCUGAAUUUUUCACUGAGACAAAAUUAUUCAAAAGUAGUUGUUUUCCUAUGCAGGCCUGACAUAGCUGUGCGUUUUUCGUAUUAACUGUAGGUUAAUGAAGUGAAUGUAAGGCUACUUGGUCCAGUCGAGGAUGACUUCAUAAAUGAAGGGGUGGUCCAGGUGGAGCAUAAUGGAAAAUGGGGGUACAUCUGUCCUUCUGGCUGGACAUCCGUCAACUCGUACGUGUUAUGCGGACAUCUUGGAUUCCCAAACGCUGAGGAACAGGAGUCGUAUUCAGUGACAAUACAAGAGACGGAGCCCGUCUAUUGGCUGGACCAAGUCACGUGUAAAGGGUGGGAGUCUUCCAUCGUGUCAUGUGACCACGCGGGGUGGGUUCGCCAUCGAUGUGAAGGUCUAAGAGCAUUAAAACUCAAAUGCACACGUAAAAAUGACACGCAAAUUGUGAGUUGGAUUUCCUUAGUACUACGUUACUUUAAUGUCCAUUAAUUUAUCUUCAUCAAUUUGACACAUGCUGUUUGCAUAAUAAAAAUCUCUCCUUUUUAAGGGAAAAGCUCCCUAAGGACGAAGUUGAUCAUCAUCAUCAUUAUCAUCAUCAUCAUCAUUAUUAUCAUCAUCGUCGUCAGCAUCAUCAUCAUUCAUGGUCAUCAGCAUAACCAUGGCGUUCGAAAUACCAACGUCCUCAUCAUCUUGCCAAUCGUGAUCACCGCCACCUUUUGUGUCCAGCUACAUCUACAUCGUUUAUAAUUGGAAUCAUCCUUACCACUCAGCUUAACGCAUGCGCAAGUCUGAUCAAAACGUAAUAACAAACAAAUAUAUGUACUGCACUUUCAAUACCCUGCCUCUGAAUUGGGACAUUGAGAAGGAAAAGCAAUGAUCAAACUAGUUAUGACGAUAUUAAUGUAUUUUACAAUGUGUAUUUUGAUUUGCUAAGUCCACAGAAACACGACUCCGCAGCGGAGCCCUAGUGUCUGAAGGACGAGUGGAAGUGAGAAACAGCGAAAACUGGAACACUAUAUGUGACGACCACUGGACAUUGAAAGAGGCUAAUGUCGUCUGCAGGUCACUUGGAUAUGGGUCAGCGGCUAUGGCAGCAAAGAAUGCCUACUUUGGAAGAGGAAUUGGAGAUGUAAGCCUAAUUUCUAGCCCAUUUGUAUGAUAACAAGGCUCUUUUGGUACAAAAAAUUAAAAUAUAUACUAAAAUUCAUACUUGGCUCCGGGGCUUGGGGGAAUAGAACAAAAAAAGUCAUCUUGAGACUCAGUAAUUAACAACACAUUUUUUAUUUAUUUUUUAUUUUUUUGCCCUAAGCCUCCGAACUAAGUAUGAAUUUUAAUGUCGAAUAUGGUCUAUUAAUACGUUGUUUGGAACGAUUUUUAAUUUUACCAGACUUGACGUCUAAACGUUGUUUGCUGUUUAACACAGCAAGAAGGCUUUCAGCCAGGGACAAGAAAAAACAUUUUGAACUUCAAGUAAACCACCUGUCAACAAAUUUAUGGGCCAACUAUUUUCUUAGAACGCGCUUUCCGCUUUGAAUUUGUUCAACUAACCGAAAGUUCUCGUGUCUAUUGUCAUCUAGCCUGCGAACGAGCUCUCCUAUUUGGGCAAGCGAAGCGAGCCUUGCGAGAACGCGCGAGCGAGGGAGCCGCUCGCUCGCGCGUUCUCGCGAGACCUGUUUCACUCGCCCAAACAGGAGAGCUUGCUCGCAGGCUAAUUGUCAUCAAAAUUUAAAACUGGUUAUACGAUCUUUAUAUGUAAUUGUUUCACACUGAAAUAACAGUUCAGUACCUACUAUAGUAACCUGCACUUUGGUAACAACGGAAAGCAAAAAGGUGAAGAGCACUCAAAAAUCCCAUCGCUAAUUGCUGUUUAACCUAACUUUUUUCUCCCUUUGUAAACCCCUAUCUCUACAAUGUUAUUAUUGUAACAGUAAUAUUUUUUCUAGAAAAUGCUACUCGACGUUCACUGCCAAGGCACCGAAAGAAGUAUUGCCCAGUGCAGACACAAAGGUUGGAAUGGAUUGGUUUGUAAUCAUUACGAGGAUGCGUCUGUCAGAUGCAAUGCGCCACAGAUUCAAGGACAUAAGGUAUUGACACUCUUUCGCCAAGAUAUCACGCGCUAUGUUUACUCAUCGUUGUCCCAACUUAAAAUCAGGUUACUCCCUUAUCAAAUAGACCGGUACAUUCUUCGGCGAGUUUAAGGACAACUGAGACGAGAUUGACAAUGUCUUCUUCAAGGCACUUAUCAGUAUUGUUUCUUAUCAAUAGCCAGUGAAUACAACCACCAUCGUUUUGCAUUGCUUACGGGGUUUCUCGCCAAAAUCCUAUAAAUAUUUGAGAAUGUUUAGGAUAUACUUUUGCAUAAUACUUCGAAAUUCCAGGCCUAGAAAUUCUGGGAGGCCGGGUUGCUAGUUGGACAAUGCCACAUAUGCCGCCAAAAGGUACCAUGAUAUCGAUCUGUGGGCGUAGAUCCAGUUCACGUUAUCCCCUGAGAGGUAACAGAGAUGAAUAAGUUGAUUAACAAAUAGUUGGCCCGAUACCCAAGGAGCCUCAAAAAGACAACGACAUACGGUAGGUCAGACUCCUUAUGAAGAACAUAUGAAACAUUUUGGAGCAAUUUUGCAGCCUCAUCAAAACGAGGCUGCGAAUAACGUCAAACGUCAUCGCUGAUGAAGGGAUCUGGCUCUGCUAAACUUUCAACAAAUUGUUGGUGUUGAAGAAUAUUUUUUUGUAAUAUGAAGCAUCAUUCACUUUGUUUCUUAACCCUAGUACCAUAAAUUUACAAAGUGUUCGACCUCCAUCAGAUCGAUGUUACUGUGACUUUAUCUCCUGAACGGAACCAGAUGUAAACCUCUAAGCUGUAGGGAUUCCUUUUCCUAAAGGGGAGUGUUUCUCAGGUCAGAACCUCGCCCCAUAGCAAAGCUCUGGGGUUAGAAAGUGGAUUAAAGGCCCGUCUUAAUCGAUGAUAGCGACGACGAUGGUCGUGAUGAUCUAUUAUCAGCUUUAGUAAACAGAUCUAUCUUGGGACGUUCCGGAACAAUGCACCCCUUCCACAUAAGCUAAUUAACAAUUAUUAUUAUAAUUAAUAACUAAUCCUAAUUAACUUAGAAUAAACUUUAACACAGAUUCGCCUGGCAGGCGGUGCAAAUUCACACGAGGGGCGAGUUGAAGUGUUUCAUGAUGGCAGAUGGGGAACAGUGUGCGCAGAUAACUGGCGAAUUGAAGAAGCCAUGGUUGUGUGUAGACAGUUAAACCUUGGAUACGCCAGUCAAGCUGCCACUCAGAACUAUUUUGGUCCUACAAAUCUCAGAGUCAUUAUGUCCGGGGUAGCUUGCCGUUACGAUGAGAUCUCAAUUUAUAACUGCCAACGCGAUGACUGGGAGAAUGUUAGAUGUAGCAGCAGACAUAAACUGGCUGGAGUUAUUUGUGUGGACGGUAAGGCAGUUCAGUAUUCAUGUAUUGUCCAAGGUAGUUGACAUAGAGAGCAACAAUGUUGAAACAAUGUUGCAUCAAUAGCCCACUUUCGAUCUGUUAAAUAUUCUAACAUGACUCCGAGGCUUUAGGGACUAAAUUGCAAAUUUUUCACGACUCCAUUGUCCCGCAAUUCAUAGACGAGAAAACAAAACCAAAUAUAGAAAGAUGACCUGAAAGCCUCGGAGUCAUGUUAGAAUUUUAAAAUAUCGAAAGUGGACUAUUCGAAACAAUGUCAGAACAUUAAUGCAAGGUCUGGCAACGCACUGUUGCGCUGAGUAUCGUCGCCGCGAAUCUUCCCGCAAACCCCCGCCGCUCAAUUUUUCUUCUGGGCCCAGUUGUUCGAAGGCCGAUUAGCGCUUAACCCGGGGUUAAAUUUAACCCGGGUUUCUUUUUCUGGUGUUCUAAAGCAUUUUCUCAGAUAAUUUUCUCUGUUAUUUUUAGAGCUUCCAAUUGUCAACUUGUACACAAAAAGCAUUAAAACUGAAAUGCUUUUAAAGCUUUAAGAUCUGAAUUCAAAUCUCGCACUAACCCUCGGUUAUCUUAACCCAGCUUUGAACAACUCGGCCCUGGAAACUACGUGGGUUACUGUCAACCUCGUUCCCAGGUUUCUCUCCUACUUGUCCCUACAGAGCGAGAGAGGGACAAGAGACGAGGGACGAGUUGAAGAGAACUCUGAGAACGAGGUUGGGAUACUGUAUGGCACUAAAAAGAGGAGAGAAGUUCCUAUGUCACGUUAACAUGGUAGCAAGAUUUCUGGUUCCCAAAAAAAGCGUGGUCCUGAAAAAUGGCAGAAAUAAUGAAAAAAAUUGACAUGCAUGAUUUUCCUGUGCUUGAUUGCGCUCAAGAACAAAACGGUAAUCCAUAUUUUCUUCCAUCGUUCGCAUGCAAAUGGACGUCUCUGUCAAGAAAGAUUGUUGAAAUUUUAAUUUGGUAACGUAACGCCAGACCUCUCCUCUAUAUUUUUUGAAGCUGUAAUUUGUGAGAAUUGUUGUUUCAUGCGCGUGGACCAAAGGGUUAAACUUCGCUCGCAAAGUGCUGAGGAAGUGGAAUGCUUGCGUGAAUCAGAGCCAUUUGCCACAUAUGUCAACUUUUAAACACACCAAAAUAGCAAACGAGAAAAAAAAUUCUAUUUGUAGAUAAAACAGUGUUUCCAAUGUGCAAAACUUAGUUUUGUCCAAAUACAAGAACAAAUUAAAAAAAUUAAAGCUCAAAAAAGUGUAUUGCAAACGGUAUCUACUAGCAGGCUCUUUCUCUGUUUUUCUGUCUUGUGCUUUGUGAGCCUUGUUUUGAUUAGAUCUUUGUACUCUGUUCUGCUUUGCAGCACUGCCGGAUCUUAUAAUUGAUACUAAAGAACUUAAGAGGGAAAUGCGCCUGGAUUCUGAAAGACUACAGCGGCUCCGAUGUGCGCACGAGGAAAACUGUCUUGCGAAGAGCGCAGAUGUGCUCUUUAGUCCGCGGUAUGUUUAUCAGUUCUUCUAUUCCUCUUUCAACACUUAUCCUAAAGUGGCAUAAUCGCAUGCACCAAGAGAGAAUGAGCAUGUCCUGAUUGGUUACAUUUUGAAAGCGUGCAACUAAAAAUUGACGAAUUUUUAGUGCUCUUGCGAAAAACUGGGAACAAAUUGCAUUGCAGCAAAUGAUCGACGAAGAAAUUGAGUAACUGGUUGAGACCUGAAACCCGGAGGGAGGAAGGACUCCCGGGUCCCCAUCUUGAGUAUAAAUUCAGCGAAGAAAACUGGCACGCACGUUUCGCCGUCACUUCCCCUUCCCACCCCCAAAAGUAAUGUUGCGCAAUUGCUAGGAAACUACACACAGGGCAAAAUAGGUAGGGAGUGGGAGGAGGGGUCCAUAUUGUUUUGUCUCUUAACUUUACCAGACUAAACACCAUUUGAAGACAGUCUGUCGACAUUUUUAAAGCCGAUUUCAAGUAAACCCAUCCACACGUAUUAAGAUGACGAGAGUUUUCGUCGUACCUAUAAAUGCUUGAAAUUUGAGGGCUGGUUCAUGUUAUUUUUUUUUUUACUCAACUAAAUCGUUUUUAUCGCGCUAGAAAAUUAACAGAGCCACGCCCAAGAACAGAAUCCUGGUAUCUUUCAAUUUUGUCAGGGUACCCUUCAGUCAAUAAGUACAUAAUUGUCGUUAAAAUAAAUAAGACAGCCAAUUCAGAAGAUGGCUUUAAAAUGUAGUUCAUCCAAUUCUGGAUAUUUGAAGACAGAGGGAGUCUUUUAGUUUCGGUUUUUCCUUAUGCUUCUCAUACUGUGCUUACUUAAUAUUACUCUCUACUUGAAUCGUUUGAUUAGUUUUGCAACUUCUUGUCGAGGACCAGGACUUAUUCAAUUAUAACCUGCGUAGCUUUCGGUUUGUUUAGCAAAAGGGAAAGAAAAGCUGCGAAAACGCGCACAAAGCGCGCGCGAACGAUCGGCGAAGCUGUUGUUUCUGCCCCAUUCUCCUCGCCGCUUUGCCAUUUGCGCGCUCGACUAAUAAAACCGCCAACGACGCAAGCUAAUUCAGUUAUAAAAGACCGAGAGUUAUUUUAAUAGAGAGAGUUAAUGAAAACUGCACUUAAAUUCUUCUUUUCAACUGCAAGUGAACAGUGAAUAUUUUCCACUUUUUAGGUUGCAGAACCAGCAGUAUUAUAAUUGGCGAAGCCUGUUAAGGUUUACAACAAAAAUUGAAAACAGAGGAUGGAAUGAUUUUCGGCCAAGUGAGCCCAGAUCAGGUUGGGAUUAUCAUCGGUGCCAUGGGCAUUACCACUCCAUGGAGAUUUUCACCAGCUAUGAUCUGCUAAGUAUGAAUAAUGCUGGCCGUUUUUAUGCCAGGGACGAUAAAGUCGUCUUUACACGACCUAAACGUCUAGUAGAUGCAUUUAACGUCUGACGACUUUCACAUCUUCUUUUAACUGCGUGCGUCUAUAGUUUGAAAACGGGACGCAGUCAACUCGGACGCUGUUAUGUCCAACUCGUCCAGAAAUAACCGGGAAUAGUCAGUGUUGUGUAUUUUUUCGGAAAACUUUGUUUUUUUCGAUCUUGUCGUCUAGUUUUAUAUGCCCUGUAACGUCUCUAACAUAAAAACGGCCAUUGACCAUAUUUACUCGAUAAAGCAUCGCGGCGCAGCGAGCGCAUCCCACUGGAACGUGACAAUAGUCUGGGUACCAGUUUGAGAUCUUUCCUAUGAGAGAACAUGUUCGUGGGAAGUGCUAGAAUCUUCGGAAUCAUUUUUUUGACUUUUGUGCUCCUUUAUCUAUGACCUUUCCAUUUUGUUUCAGGGCAAAGUGACAGUAAGAAGCGAGCACAAGGUCACAAAGCCAGUUUCUGUUUAGAGGACACUAAAUGUGAUCCCGGCUUCGAAAAGAAAUGGAAUUGCACCAGAGGUGGUGACCAGGGCAUAACUCCCGGAUGUUUCGAUAUCUAUAGCAACAAGCUUGAUUGUCAGUGGAUUGAUUCCUCUGACGUAGGACGAGGUUCAUAUUUUAUCCGAGUCCAACUGAAUCCUGGCAACCAAGUCGCAGAGUCUGACUUCAGGAACAAUAUUGCCAAGUGUACAGUGUAUCAUUAUGGGAAUUUCGUUAUUGCGAGCAAGUGCUGGAUCGGUGAGUCAAGAAAAAAAAAAUGCACUUUGCCUAAGUGA